UAUUAUCUUGCUUUAAAAAUACAUUCAUUAGAUCAGAUAACUACCGAUGUAUCUUUGCUCAUAAAAUAUAUUUAUUUCAUAAAGUAUUAUGCAAAAUAACUGCACUGCUGACUCUUUUGUUUUUAAUAAAGUCAAGAGUUCCAGUUCCUGAAAGAUUUAUACGGCGCUACUUCAUGUCAGGGAACUGCUAUAAAAGCUAUUGAAUUUCGGCAGAAAUUCAUUAGAUCUGUUUCACUCAGCUCAACAUGAAGUUCUUGAUUGUUUUUGCCUGCCUUUUGGCCAUCGCUUUUGCCAAUGAAGAUGCCAAGGUCCUGCAUGAGGAUAGUGAAGUAAAUGUGGAGGAUUUCAAAUACAACCUGGAACUCGACAAUCAUAUUAAAGUGUCCCAGGAAGGACAACUGAAGGAUCAUGACAACUGGGUUGUGCACGGUGAAUAUGAAUACAUUGCUCCCGAUGGCUCUCCCGUCAAGGUUACCUACACGGCUGAUGAUACCGGUUACCAUCCAGUUGUGCAUGCUUAAGUGAAUUCAAAACCAUCAGAAAAAAUAAAUAACGAAACGAAGAACAACUGCAUACAAGAAAA